AGGCCCGAGGCCACAGCGCGCGCAGCCUCUGCGCCCGCCGCCGGACCGGGCGCGCAAGAGGAACCCCGGACGGACAGUCGACGACGCGAAACAUCAGGCAGCAGCAGCAGCGAACCCGCGACAUGCGCCGGAGCGCGCUGCCGGUGGCCCGAACCGAACCCGGCUGAGGAGACGGGCCGGGCAAGAACGCAACAGGCGGUCAGCACGCGUCCCCCUCCCUCAUUCCCCACCACAACACUUUGGCCGUGCUUUGACUUUUGUGUUCGCUUCUCUUUCCACUCCUCCGAAACCCCCGCCGGCGGUGCUUCGGUGAGCUUUCUCUUCGUGGAACUGUGGGGUGGCACGAGUGAUUGAGGAGCGUGAGCUGGUGGUGCGGCGGCGGUGGCGGUGGUGGGCUGAAAGUCAACGCGGGUUCGGGACCCCGUGUCGCGUCGAAAGAACGACUCGACUCUGCUGGACUGAGUUGGCUCUUGGGCGGUGAACUUAGACGGAACUGUGGUGUAGAACUGGUGGUGGGCCACGGUGACGCGAUGACCACGACGACGAUGACGCGUCGGUGUCCGGAGCGCAGGCGACCGGUCGCCCUGGUCGGAUUCGCCGUGCUGGUGUGCGCCUGUCGUUGUUGCUGCUUGGAUGAAGCAGCCGACUCCGGACCCGAGGAUAUGGAGGCCGGAUCGAGCUGCCCGCCUGGUCAAGUGCCGUGCGGGAACAGCUCCUCCUCGUGCCUUCCUAGGCGGCUUCACUGCGAUGGAUACCCGGACUGCAGAGAAGGCGAGGACGAAAAAGACUGCACUGACCUGCACGGAGGUCUCUCAGCGGUACUAGGCGUGUUGUUCAACUGGAGUGCGCACAAUAUCAGCAGGACACAAGAUUCGUCCCCUCGGUUCUCCUGCAAUCGCACCGAUGUUCCAAAGGCUUGUUACUGUGAUCUUCACUCAAAGAGCAGAGUGUUCUGCCAAAAUUCGAACCUUACCCAGGUCCCGAGGGCGAUACCCGAUGUCACCCGUCUUACGUUUACAAACAACAGCAUGGGAAUUCUGCCUUCGGGCGCAUUCUACGGCUACACGAAUUUAACAAGCCUGAUGAUUGUAAACUCUAUUACCGGUAUACGACCUGGGGCGUUUCGUGGGCUGGAUAUGCUACGAAUCAUGACGAUUGAAAACAACAACAUUUCUCAUAUAGAAGCAAAUUCGUUUAGCGGCCUCUUCAACUUAGUCUGGCUGACACUGAAGUACAACCGUUUAGACGUGUUCGACUUUGACGUGCUUGAAGACCUACGUCUACUCGAGAUUCUGAACAUGGAAGGAAAUGGGCUGAAGAGGAUAGCGAAGCCCUUUCCGGAGCUGGCAUAUCUCACGUGGCUGGAUCUCAAGAGGAACGAGAUUGAAGUAAUACACGCCGAUACAUUUGAGAAUCUUCUCAACCUGGAAGCUCUAAUUUUGCGAGAGAACCAUUUGAUGGAUGUUCAUGAAGAAGCGUUCAGGUAUAACACGAAGAUGCUGGAAAUAGACCUGGCUGUCAAUUUUUUAACGUUCGUCCGUCCUGGCUUGUUCCACGGCCUUCGAGACCUUAAGAAGAUUGACCUGUCGGCGAACGCAAUCAAGACUCUGCCUGUCACACUGUUUCACAACCUUCGAAGCCUCAACUCACUGAAUCUAUCCGGCAUAGAAAUUAACAACAUUGAGAUCCGACAUUUCCGGCACUUGCCGAAGCUGGAGUUCAUCUACUUCAAGAAGUUCCAGUACUGCAGCUACGCGCCGUACGUGCGCAUCUGCGCGCCCAAGACGGACGGUCUCUCGUCCACGGAGCACCUGCUGGUGUGGCCCGUGCUGCGGCUGUCCGUCUGGGUGGUCGCCCUGACCACGUGCGCCGGCAACAGCGUCGUGCUCGCCUGGCGCCUGCUCUCCAAGAAGGAGGACCGCGUACUCUCGCUUUUCAUCCGGAACCUGUCCGUGGCGGACUUCCUCAUGGGCGUCUACCUCGUCACCGUGGGCUCCCUCGACGUAGCGUUCCGCGACGAGUACAACAAGCACGCCCACCAGUGGAUGUCCUCCUGGCACUGCACGCUGUGCGGCCUGCUCGCCAUGGUCUCCUGUGAGGUGUCCGUCCUCAUCCUAUCCCUCAUCACGGUCGAGCGCUACCGCUGCAUCAAGACGAACGUGCGCGCCGUGACGGUGACGGCGGCGCGCUACUGCUUGGCGAUCGUCUGGCUGCUGGGCCUGGGGCUGGCCGUGUUCCCCGUAGUCAAGUGGCCGCAGCAGCGCGCCUUCUACUCCAGCAACGGACUCUGCUUCCCCCUCCACAUCGACGACCCCUUCAUGCUCGGAUGGGAGUACUCGGCCUUCGUCUUCCUCGGCGUCAACUUUUUCGCCAUGGUGCUUAUCAUGGGCCUAUACCUGUCAAUGUUCUCGAUCAUCAGAGAAGACAGGCAGCGCGCGCGUCCUGUCACCAUGAAAAAACAAGAGGACGUCGUGCUCGCGCUGCGGUUUUUCUUCAUUGUGCUCACAGACUGCCUCUGCUGGAUACCCAUCGUGAUCAUAAAGAUACUGGCCCUCUGCGAAGUGCGUAUCUCAGAGAACGUCUACGCAUGGGUUGUCGUGUUCAUCCUGCCAAUCAACAGCGCUCUGAACCCGGUCAUCUACACGCUUGCCGCGCCGACGGAGCUGAGACGCCGCAUCGAGAAGUUCUCCCAGCGUAUCCUCAAAUGCCACAAGCAAAUCGAGUGCAUGUUGACCAGUAAUAGGACUCCCCGGUCGUCAGUAGCCACUCAGAGCUUGACCGGCACCGACAUAGCCUCCGCAUCAACGGACUGCACUUCGGCUGGUGGCUCGUACCAUCCCAUGGCUCGCCAGUCAAUCGCCGCCAUACACGAGCUUUCCGAGUCUUCCGAGGCCGACGACACAGUUCUGUGAAGGGCUGAACUGCGCCUGUGAAACAGCGCGGUUGUCAACUGAUGUCAUGACACAUACGUUGUCCUCCCUCCUCCCGCGUCUACACAAUACGUGAGACGACGGUAAAGGGUCUAGACUGUGCCAGCGGCGGACAGCUACGUGCGCACACAAGCUCGGGACUCUUUCACGUCCAGGGUGGUGCAGCUUAGCUGAGAAGACAGAGGAUGUUGUGUUCAUUUGCAUAGUCGCUAAGAAGUGUAUUAGCAAAGACCGAAGAGGUCGUUCAACGCUUAACUCGAGACGAUGUGUCGCUGGCUUUGGAUGGGCCUUAUUAGGCGCUCAAGCUAUCAAGUCACAGCGAGCGUCCGUGAGUUCGAAUUUUCGGGAAAACUAUUCGUUAGAAAAAUGUGGGCCUCACGGCACAAGUGGUUGUAAAAGAAUGCAAGUUUUACGAAGACUCCGGGAGUGACAAAUGCAUUGACAAAGCAAUGCACUGUUCAUGCCCUCAAGACGGGCUCUGCGAAGACAAGAAUGAUCUGUACCAGGCUGGGUGCGCGCUGCUUCUUAGUCACAAGAGUACGCCGUUGCAUCAUUGUUGCUUGUCUUCUAUGUUUCGCGUGGUCGUCUGAGCACUUUGCAAGAUGAGAACAUGUCGCUGACGAGGCGGCACUAUUUAAUGAACAUCUUUAAUGGCGCCAAAUGUAUGCUAGAUGCUACACACGGCUUAAAUUGAUAUAUUGAUGCUCAUUUAGCGAGCAAGAGCAAUGACUAUGUUCAUUUUGCUAUCAAAAUUAUUGAGAAACACGUGAACCGCCGAGUGGUCGAGCUUAUGGAAUACUUGUACAGGGUAUCCCAGCUAACGUUAGCCAAGCUCUUAAAAAUAAAACGUAGAAUAUACGAGGACGCGACCAAUGGUAUUCUGUCAGCAGUGACGUACCUCACUAGGAGGAUUGUUUUUUCAUAAUUGAACUAUCAUAAUUUAGACGAGCCUAAUAAUGAACUUAUUUACUGAAUUGGGGGCGCCAAGUUUGAUAUGAAAGUGAUAAUUGUGUUUUAAAAAAGCUUAUUCCGUUUUUUCAGGGUGCUGUAUCGCGUAAUUAUCUUUUCCGCGUUAUAAAGAAAACGCUCAAAAUAUGAAAAUAGCCGCAUGAUUACGCGUCCGCGCGCAGUGACACCAGCAGUCCCCAGGCGUUACUCUGAAGAAUUAACUCCGCUCAAUGCCUUUGUCCUCCUCCUCAAUGCCGUUGCGCACUGCAUUGGCUUCGCGCUACUCGCGGAAAAGGCAGCUGGCACUUCGCGGUGACCACGGCCAUUACCGAUGCCUCGCACCUUGCACGUGGCCGCCGAGCGAGGCAUUGAUCAGAAUGAAUUCUUCCGAGUAACGCCUGGGACCGCGGGUGUCGCGGCGAGCGGACGCGUAAUCAUGCGGCUAUUUUGAUAUUUCGCGCGUUUUCUUUAUAACGCGCAAAAAUUAUUAUGCGACAUAGCACACUGAAAACAACUGAAUCGGGUGUUCUAAUACAUAAUUAAUAAUUUUCUGUCAGAUUCUCACCCAAAAUUAAGUAAUAAAGUGUUUGUUAAUUACUCUCAUGUAAUUAUUUAUAGGUCGAUUAUUUUUAAAAAUCCUCCUGGUGCGGUACCGUCACUGCUGACAGAAUACCAUUGGCUGUGUCCUCGUAUAGGACUAUGUUUUAUUUUUAAGAGCUUGGCUAAAGUUAGCUGGGACACCCUGUACAUAGAAAGGAUGAGGUUGCAUUAUCUAAGCUUCCGUAACUUUGUACACCACAGAGGCAUGUCUGUUCGAGGAUCACCAUUCGUAAAACAAAUGUCUCCAGGAGUUUGUCUAGUUCGUAAAGUGCACGUGAACAAAACUUUUCCAUUGAAGUGAAAGUGAACUGUAAUAUAAUUAACUACCGCUGGUGCUUUCAUAUGUGUUCCUUAUAUUGUAGUGUAUAUUUCGCUUCGUUCAAGGUGUCUUAAGACGAAAGCGCUCUCAGAAUUUGCUGCUACUUACCACGUCGAUGACAAAGACCAUGUUUUUGUUUUUCUUUUCAAUGUGGCAAAACACGCAUGGUGUUUUGCUUUCUCUAUGCUCACGCUACUCAGCAAUUACGGAAUUUGGCGUGCUUGCUGGUUUCGUGAAGGUGGGCCAAGCGAACAUUAUUGCCAAGCGUCGCUUGCCAUCACAACGCGUAGUAUGCAGCGCGUGACUAUAGGUUGUAAACAUGGGAUCUGCAGCAGCACUACAGAACCAUUAAGUUCUUGUUCUGGAUCUCCUUCGAUUGUUCACUGUGUAUGUCAGCAAGGGGAGCAUGUCGUGAAUAUGUGUAUACAGUAUGCUCUGUGGGCCGCUGAUAUGUAGCCGAAUUGUUUGAACCACGCUUGCCUGAUGUCACUGAAAGGAGAUGUAGUCGAAAUCUUUUCAUAUGUUUCUCGCACCAAGCGAAGAGAAUGCUAGAAAAUGCCUCUUGCAAACCAACAGGCAGCUCUGUCAGAUCUAAUUUGAUGAUGCUCACAGAGAUGGGGGGAAGAAAGCUGCAAUAGAUAGCCUACAGGUAUGUAGGGGUUAUACAUCAUGCACAUCAGUCUAAUUCACGGAAGCGUUAUGCGAUCUCACGUUUUCCCAUACUGCCUUUUUCAUUCAUUAUUAUAAGACGAAGCUGAUCUCAGAGUAGACCAUUUGGGUGACCUUAGAGUAAAAUAGCAUAGCCUCGAAAAUAACGUUGUGCACAGCAAGAUCACCGGGACUCUCGGCUUAACAUUGCGCAGAAGUGUGAAAUGUGUUACAAAGAAGAAAUCAGAAAUUUGCAUACAUUUUAGUGCUGCGCUUGUCUAUGGAAUGUUGCGCUCGUAAAUCGUUCUCAGAAUUUAAUAGCUUGGGUAUUAGUUCUCAAUGUACUAAUGAACAGCUUGCAAUCUUUUAACGCUAUUGUAUGUAGAAGGUAAGCAAGCUUUAGUGUGUUCUGUUUUAUGGUAAGCAGAAUUUACAGCAAACUUCUUUAAAAGGACGGUACGCUGGGCAUGUUGAUAUUUCAUACUGAAACCUAUUCACAGCGCGAAACGACAAGAACUCAUAGAAAAGAUGCACGGACAGCGCUUGUCCGUGUAUCGUGUGUUCUUGUCGUUUCGCGCUGUAAAUGGUUUCAGUACAAAAAUUGUUUAAGCCAACUUGACUAACCCUGAAAUAAGAUGCUUUCAUGUUGAUAACGACGGCUGUGGUUGAAUAGCCAACAAGUUGUUAUUCAACAUGUGCUAGUUACAUACAUGAAAUGUAUCCGGCCACAUUGCUUAAUUUUGAGAAUUAAUGGCCUUGGUUGCCUAAAUAUCAUGUGCGUUGACUAAGUUGCAACUAAUUCUUUCAGGCGAAUGGUUUCAAAUUAGUUGAGCCGUAAGGCGACAUUCCCCUGGCUCGAACAUUGAAGGCCUGCCAUCAUUUUCCAGCGUUGUAGAAGUAUGCCUGGCUCCUAUGGCAUCAAUGACGUUACCAUCCACGAUCACAAUUGUGCAUAACUUUAUACAGCCAUAUUCACUAUUCUUGACAGGGUAUUGACUCCACACGUCCACCCCACGGGUUUUACAAGUGCAUAUAUGACCUGUACUGUAAACACGUCUUAAUGUUCGUCAGUGCUAUAUCGUUAAACAGCCACGCUGUGUGGUAUAGACCGUUCCCUCCUUCGUCGGUCUCUUUCAUAGCUAGCCAUUAUUGCCCCACGUUUUACGUGUGAAAUGAACUAACUUGACUGUCAUCGGUAAUUUAUGCAUUAUCUAUGUCCAUCAUUGGAUUCUCUGUACAUAUUUUCAGCCAUCCAAGCUGGUGCCACCGCCUAGAUGACCCACUUCAGCCCGUAAACACCUAGAUACCAGCAGGUAUUCAUACCGAGGGGAUUAACUAUACCACAAAUGUGGUCGCGUACUUAUACCUAAUUGGUCUAUGUAUAUUUAGAGCGAAAUUUUGGCGUGAAAUGAAAUGGCCAUUUGGGGAUCGUAGCCGCAUUGUUUCCUCACUGGUAGGCACAGUCAAGAAUACAUAUCUGUAUUCUUGACUGUGCUUACCAUGCUUAAUUGUCUUUGCGUGGAACAAUACACUUAGAUCUAAUUUACCAAAUAACGCCGGGCUAGUAAUGUCCACUUUUUAGUUCAUACGGUUGCUACCUUUGUAGUCAAGAAAUCACAACCAUUUCUUGAAAAAGACAACGCUUCGCGUAGACUCACCUGUGCUGCGGUAAUAAGCAUAUUAAAACAGAAACCACAAAGCCCAUUGCGAGAUGCAUCCUUUUUUCAAUGUACUAAGCCCUAAGAAGCUAAAAACACAUUGAACGAUCUACAGCGAAUGCAAGACGUUGCCAAGGAAUUCACAUCAAAGAUUGUAAGCAAACGAAGGGGACCCAUUGUACACAACCUGAUUCAGCACUCCCCCAUGCGGCACCCUUACGUAAUUGGUGUGAAAUCAUGAAGAUCUGCAGAAGUAGCUUAAAGCUCAAACUUUCAAGCAUUUAUCCUGUCCAGUUUGUCUAAGACCAUACCCGUUGUGCUGCGGAUCAGUGCAGUUCACGACAUCACGUGCGUUUGCCGUGGUGGCGUUGGGCAACAUUCUUAGUGCGACCUAUAUUCAUAAAUAAACAAUAGAUGAAUGAAAAAUAUGAAACUUCGUGCUUGAAAAAUCGAGUCUUUGUGCAAUGCCGAAAGGCCAGGUAUGUCGGCGUUGAAACGAAACAUUUUUGAAGAUAUUCUCGAUGAUUAUGCAACAUUUGCCCAAAGUUAACCCAACCUGCCAAAACAGGGACGUCAUCGUUCGAUGCGAUGCCGGUAGCGACUCGCUAUUUAAGGUCGAACAUGUGGUACUUGUUGAAAUUGCCCAAUGGCGUGAAUUGUGAGAUAUAAGCAGGAGGCAGGGCAUACUGUAGCGCUGUACAUUUAGAGGAAUGACAUUGCGGUGUUCGCAUCCCAUAUAGCUUGAAAAUAAUCGCGUUGGCACCACGUGUUCAAUGGAUGUGCUGUUGUGUCGUUCCUCCAUUACGUGCUAACUGUACAUAACGACUGCUUCUUGUGGCGAUGUUGUGCACCAUGAAACUUUUGUGCAACCGCUAGUUAUGAAUGUAUUGAUGGGUCCAAUCGAAAGCUGUGCGUUAAUGUGGAUAAUGCAGGCCAUUUUCGCGUUUUGAGGCUGCAAUUAAGGUCAACAACUACUGACUAUUUGUCAAGGACUUUUAUAGUCUCGAAUGUUGUAUAAUUUUUUUAUCGUGUACAAUGCUUCUAUUUAGCCUCAAGGGACUAAACAGAAGUGUUAGCACUGUUGGCCGACCGGACUCACUAAAUGUUGUUUAAUUAUGUUGAACGGAAUCAAAUUUGGUGCUGCUUAGGUGUGUAUGGAAUCGUGCAGACAAAUCGCGCAGUCGUGUAGGACAGCUAGAUCCUACUGUGGCAGUUGCUUGUACAACCAUUCUAUCUGAAGCCACAACAUAGCAGUAAAAUAAUUUAGAGCCGAGCUCAGAUGUACAUCAAUCUUUUGUCACCAUGACAUGCUCAAUAUACGCUACUCAUUCGUGUUCUGAAGCUUUCAGCGCGUUCAUGUAUACCGAAAAUGGUAGACGAGAGCAUAACAAGUGAUGUCAUUAGCCAAAGCGAAAAAACCCCUCUGACGCUACACAACUGCCGAUGUAAGUUAAUAUCGAGAUAAUCAACAAAUCUUUAAGAUCUUACAGUUCAGCAAGAAACUGCUAUAGUAGUACCCAAGGUUGUGUAACUGCAUUUACAUUCACCGGUUCUGAGAAUUUCCGCUAUCACGCCACAACAUUUAAACUAUGAGGCAGUGUUACAAUGUGGAUAGCACACCAGACACAACUACAUUUAUUUGUAGCAGUGGUUGUAGGGGAGUAUACAUGCUGGGCAUAUUUAUCAACAGGAAAGCUUCCUUUUAAAAUAUGAGGAAGUUCUUUCCACCAUGUAUGUACACACAUUUCUGACAUCUGUAUUUUACUUUCAUUUCGUUUCGUUUUGUACAAGUGCGUAAUAAAUUAUCUGUAACACGUACAGGGUGC